CUUGAUUCAUCUAUUCAUUCCUCUCUGGCUCUCUCUCUCCAUAGAGAGCCAUUAUUGAUUGUGGACCUUCUUUCAAGAAAUGGAAAACAACAAGGAUUCCCCUGUAGUAGUACUUCCAUCACAAAUCAGCUCUGCAAAUUCCAACCAAGUUUAUGGUAUUAAGCAGCAACAUGGCUCCAAUAUUCAGUUUAUGGAGAACGGUGGAAAGGACAUUGGAAGCCCAGUUGAUCUUUCUUAUGAACGAACAACUACACAAUCUGUUUCAAUUAGUAUGCCACCUUCCCCUUUGGAUGCCAAAAGAGUUUUGUUCAAAGAUGAAGCUGGAAAUGCUAGCCCGGGAGAUGCCAAAGACAUUAAGUUUCAUUAUUCACAACCCAUUGUGACAAGCUGUGGAAUUGUUGAGACAGGGGGGUUAAAAACCCCCGACCGUCUCAUGCUCCCUGUGAAGGACCCAAAGAGGGAUGAGUUGAAGGACAAUCGAUACAAUUCGUUCAAGACAUGGUCGGGUCGACUAGAGAGUCAACUUUCAACAUUACGUGGAAAGUCGCUCCCACGUGACAAUCCUGAGAUAAACCCUCCCCGAAUUAAUCUUGAAGGGGAGAGUUUAUCUGUGGACAGAUACUUCGAUGCCUUACAAGGACCUGAGUUGGAGACUCUCAGACCUUCUGAAGAAAUAAUUCUGCCAGAAGAUAAAAAGUGGCCCUUUCUUCUCCGUUAUCCUAUCUCAUCAUUUGGUAUAUGUCUCGGCGUUAGUAGUCAAGCGAUAAUGUGGAAGAAUUUGGCCUCUACGGCUUCAACGCAUUUCCUGCAUAUAAGCCUUAGAGUGAACUACACGUUAUGGUGCACAUCAAUCCUUCUUUUCGCUGUUGUUGCCUCAACGUACCUUUUAAAAGUCGUCUUUUACUUUGAAGCCGUCCGAAGAGAAUACUACCAUCCGAUCAGGGUGAAUUUCUUUUUUGCCCCGUGGAUCGCGUUGCUCUUUUUGGCCAUAGGGGUUCCGGAAGAUAUCACCACAAAGCUACCUCAUUCAUUAUGGUAUGCGCUAAUGACACCCAUAUUUUGUCUUGAGAUCAAGAUUUAUGGGCAAUGGAUGUCAGGAGGGCAGCGCCGGCUGUCAAAGGUAGCCAACCCGUCUAAUCAUCUAUCAGUGGUAGGGAAUUUUGUUGGGGCGUUGUUGGGGGCAUCAAUGGGUUUAAAAGAAGGUCCGAUUUUCUUUUUUGCGGUUGGGUUGGCUCAUUACUCGGUGUUGUUUGUGACAUUGUAUCAAAGGCUUCCAACAAAUGAAACUCUCCCAAAAGAACUUCAUCCGGUGUUCUUUCUAUUUGUUGCGGCUCCUAGUGUUGCUUCGAUGGCAUGGGCCAAAAUCAAUGAUUCCUUUGAUUAUGGGUCUAGAAUUGCCUACUUUAUUGCCCUGUUUCUGUAUUUUUCAUUGGCUGUUAGAGUAAAUUUCUUUAGAGGAUUCAAGUUCUCGUUAGCAUGGUGGGCUUACACUUUCCCGAUGACAGGAGCUGCAAUCGCAACAAUCAGAUACUCUAGCGAGGUUUCGAAUGUAGUAACAAAAGGGUUAUCGCUGACCCUGUCAACGGCCGCUACAGUAACAGUGACAGGGUUACUGAUAACAACUAUUGUGCAUGCUUUUGUGUUAGGAGACCUUUUCCCAAAUGAUAUAGGGAUUGCUAUCAGUGACCAGAAACCAAAAACAACGCAAAGGAAAUGGUUUCAUCGAAACACAUGUGGGUCUGCCAAAGAUAUCCAGCAUCAACAACUUAAGUCCACGAACUCGGGUGAGAAAAUAGUCAAACUUCCGAUGACAUCAUCACCAGGAGCAACUGCUAAACCAUUCUCGGUUCGAGUUCUGUAACUGAUAAUAAUGAAGUUUCUUCAAUCAUCAUACAUACAUACAAAGGAGGAACCAAUCUCAGCUUUUACUGAUAGAAAGUUCCCAUGAACUUGGAUGUAUAAUUUCUUUCUCCGCACUACAAGAAAGAAAUUAACAAUGUUGUAUUAUGGCUAUGUUUUCAAUUAUACGUAUAUUGCACUUCCUAAUGCAAAGUUAGUCAAUGUAAUGGUGCACGAAAAUAAAAUAUGCUCAAUUGUAUA